AUGACACAACGCGGGGCCCCAAGGUUCCCCACACGGCCGGUGGCCCAGUUGCUUGGGUCUAAUGGCCCGGUACACGCAGUAGCCUACUCGGCAACACCCGGCACUUACAUCCUCGCAGGCUCCUCCGACAGGUCCAUCAGGCUCUACAACCCAUCCUCAACGACACCGGUACCCAGCACCGGCAGCAGCACCGGCAGCAGCAACAGCAGCAGCAACAGCAUCACCGCCCGCUCUAGCCUCACACCACCCCAACCCCCGGCCGGCAAACUGAUCCAAACCUACACCUCCCACACCUACGAAGUCCUCUCCCUCGCCAUCUCCCCCUCCAACGCCCGCUUCGUCUCCGGCGGCGGCGACCGCGCCGUCCUCCUCUGGGACGUAGCCACAGCCCAAGCCAUCCGCCGCCUCGGCGCCUCCUCCACGGCCCACUCCCACACCGGCCGGGUCAACGCGGUUUGUUUCGCCGGCCUAGGCGGCAGCGACGACGGCGAAGCCAACCUUGUCGUCUCGGGCGGUCUGGACGCGACGGUCCGUCUCUGGGAUCUUCGCAGUCACACCGGCGGGAGCGGUGGUAAACCGAUCCAGGUCCUGCAGGAGGCCAGGGACGCCGUGACGGCGCUGGCGGUGGAUGGGUCGGAUGGAGCGCAGAUUCUGGCGGCGAGUGUGGACGGCCGGGUGCGGACGUAUGAUGUGCGCAUGGGGAGGUGUGUGACGGAUGUUUUCCCCGCUAGUGUGACUAGUUUGUCGUUGGCGAGGGAUGGGAAGACGGUGUUGGUGGGGUCGUUGGAUAGUAAGAUUCGGUUGAUGGAUCGGAGGGAUGGGUCGUGUUUGCGGACUGCGGGAGGAUGGCGGAAUGAGGAGCUGAGGGUGCAGAGUGUGUUGGGUGGUGGAGAGCGGUUCGUCGUAGCUGGGGAUGAGCUUUCAUCCACCUCAUCGUCGUCAUCAUCAUCCUCCCUCCAAAACGAGAAGAAAGGAGAGAAACCGACAACCGAGAACACAAACGAAGGCAAGGUAUGGGCAUGGGACGUCAUGACCGGCAAGCUCAUCGCCACCCUGCCCGUUCCCUGGGGCGGUGGUAGCGAGAGUAGAAAGAGAGUCAUUGGACGAGACGGCAAGGAAAAAGAGAGGAAGAACGUGGUGAGCUGCAUUGCGUGGAAGGAUGGCGGGUUUGGGGACCAGUUCUGCGUCGGCGGGACGUCGGGGGUGGUCACAGUGUUUGGGGAGUAA